AUGCCCACACCGCUGCCGCCCUCGUCUGCUGAGCGUCAGUACCACGUCAAUGGCAGGGCGGCCGUGGUGGCAACCCGAGAGAGGGGCUCAAGCACCCCGCGGAAGGAAAGGCAGGGACAACGGGAGAGCUCCGCCUUGCAAGAUCCAGGCCUGAAGGAUUACCGUCUGGGCGAAUGCCUAGGCAAGGGAGCCUUUGGGUCUGUUUACAAAGCGUUCAAUUGGGGCACAGGCGAGGCUGUGGCUGUCAAGCAGAUCAAACUCGCAGACCUCCCCAAGAGCGAACUCCGCAUGAUCGAGUCCGAGAUCGACUUGCUUAAGAACCUUCAUCACGACAACAUUGUCAAGUACCUCGGGUUCGUCAAGUCGGUUGACUGCCUGAACAUCGUGCUAGAAUACUGUGAAAAUGGUUCCCUUCACUCGAUAUGCAAGGCAUAUGGAAAGUUUCCCGAGAACCUCGUCGGUGUUUACAUGACCCAAGUCCUUCAAGGUCUUCAGUACCUUCACGAUCAGGGUGUCAUUCACAGAGAUAUCAAAGGCGCAAAUAUCCUGACAACCAAGGAUGGAACUGUCAAGCUUGCAGACUUUGGUGUUUCGACAAGCACGUUGGCGAAUGGACAGGACAAAGAAGCACAGGUCGUUGGGACACCAUAUUGGAUGGCCCCUGAGAUCAUCCAACUAUCUGGAGCCAGUCCAGCGUCCGAUAUCUGGAGUGUAGGCAGCACCGUUAUCGAGCUGCUUCAAGGAAAACCGCCCUAUCACAACCUGGCUGCCAUGCCGGCGUUAUUUGCCAUCGUCAACGACGACCACCCGCCAUUGCCUGAAGGAAUCUCUCCUGCUUCAAGAGACUUUUUGAUGCAAUGUUUCCAGAAGGACCCCAAUUUGAGAGUAACAGCUCGAAAGCUUCUCAAGCAUCCGUGGAUCGUAGGAUGCCGCAGAAGUGACGCGCCUGUUUCAAAAACGCCCUCAAAUUUCAACCAGGCUGUGGAAGAGGUCAAGCAAUGGAACAAGGCACUCAAAUCCUCAGAGAGCUCUCUGCGAGCGUCUACUGGUUCUGAUGGUGGUGUGGGUCCGUUGUCUUUAGCAAAACCCAGGCCGACUGCUGAAGCAUUCAGAUCGCCCGAGCUAGCCGAUGACGACAAUUGGGACAACGACUUUGCCACAGCAAUCUCCCCAACCGCGUUGCAACUACCUCAUUUGAAACCACAGGACAAUUUUGGCGGUCUCCUGUCUGCUGAUCGGCUAAAAGCCUUUGCUUCAACAGUGGACAAUCGGAACGAUUCGGGGAGCUACGAUGACGAUUUUGAGGGGGAGCUGAUGACCAUCAAAGGGCCACAUCAAUUCAUGGAUGCUGACUCCCAGGAGAAAACAAUUCGUCCCCUACCGCGGAAAAGGAGCGACAAGCUUCCAGAUCUGACGAAGCAGCCUUCACCAAGGAAGUCGAGUCCUCGAAAGCAUGGCCGUAAACCAUCCCAGGCCAAAUCGUCCGGCAAGCCACAGUUGGGUAACAGUAGGUUCGAGCUUCCGUCACGACCUGAUUUGAUGUACCGUGAACAAUCGGUGGAGGAUUACUCAGACCUGUUUUUCGACAACGAUAAUGUAUUCAACCAGAGGGUCGACCCGUUUGCGAAGAAGGGCGACGCUCCACAGCUUUUCCACCCGUCUGAUCUCACGAGCCUGCCUCGCUCUUCUGAACCACCUGUCGGUGGCAGCAUGCGAAGGAAGGUCCCCUCGCGUCCGUCAGUGCUUCCUGACCGGCCGAUGCGCAGGACGAGGUCGUCCAUCGAGAUUCAAAAGUUUGCCGAGAAUGAAGGUGACGAGGAUUUCUCUGACAUCUUUGGCCUCGAAGAUCAGUUGACGGAGAAGGACGAGAGUGACCGUGGAUCCGAGGAUGGCGGCCUGAUGCUGUUGUCCAAGCUUUCCAACAACUCGUGGCUCGGCGACGACGAGGAUGAGGACGAUCCUUUUGCAUUCAUGGAUCCUGGUUGGGAUGAGAUGGAUCUUGAGGCCAACAUUGCUCGCGACCGGCACGCACGAUUGGCAGAGAAAGUCGAGGAGCUCGUGCGGUCGCUCAAGACGACAGAGGGUGAAGAGAAGCUACUCGUUUUGUCCGAGGAUCUGCUCGCAUUACUCUGGGAGAACAGUGAGGUCAAAGAUCUGAUCAUCAGCGCUCAUGGUUUGCUUCCUAUCUUGGAAAUAUUGGAACCGUGCACCGUAAAAAGCAGGCAACACAUGAUUUUGCAGCUACUCAAAGUGGUGAACGCUAUUAUCCUGGAGGAUGUUGAGAUCCAGGAGAACCUCUGCUUCGUCGGUGGUAUCCCAAUCAUAACCAAGUUCGCCGCGCGGCAAUACUCCAACGAGAUUCGACUCGAGGCGGCCGCAUUUGUCCGGCAAAUGUAUCAGACCUCGACACUGACACUGCAGAUGUUUGUAAGCGCCGGCGGUCUGAAUGUACUGGUGGAGUUCCUUGACGAAGACUACGAUGAUGCAAAAGACCUCGUUCUCAUUGGUGUCAAUGGCAUCUGGAACGUUUUCGAGCUCCAAGGGCCCACACCCAAGAACGACUUCUGCAGGAUCUUCUCAAGGAGUAAGAUCUUGUAUCCCCUUGCCCUGGUCCUUCACCGGGUGCUCGAUGAGGAGGGCGAGGAUGAGCUGUCGGAGCUGGUUGAAGGUCGGAUCGUCAACAUAUUCUACCUCUUUUCCCAAGCGGAAAACUACGUUAAGGAGGUGGUGGCCGACCGACAGGUUCUCAAGAGCGUCCUGAAGGAUCUGCGACGGAUGACCCCUAUCCAUCAGAUCACCAUGCUCAAGUUCAUCAAAAACCUAUCCAUGUUAACGACAACCUUGGAGUCGCUCCACUCUGCCGACGCGAUUGAGUUCCUCAUUGAUCUGCUGAGCUACACCAUGAAGAGAGGGCAGGAGCAUUUCCGCGAAACAUCAAAUCAGGUCCUCAACACAAUGUUCAACCUCUGCCGCCUCAACAAGGAGAGGCAGGUUGAUGCCGCCGUCGGAGGCAUCAUUCCGUUGCUCAUGCGGAUCAUGCAAACCGAUAGGCCCCCGAAAGAAUUCGCGUUGCCCAUUCUGUGCGAUAUGGCUCAUUCCGGCAGCAAGGGCCGAAGGUACCUGUGGCAAAACAAGGGUCUGGACUUUUAUGUCUCGCUGCUGGCCGAUCAGUACUGGCAAGUCACUGCUCUGGACGCCAUAUUUGUAUGGCUGCAAGAGGAGACGGCAAAGGUGGAGAGCCAUCUCCUCGACGGCAAGUUUACCAACGCCAUUGUCGCCUGUUUCGACACAAACAAGAUCAAUACAUUUGAUUCGAACCUGCUGGAGCCUCUACUGAAGCUCUUGCGCUUGAGUCCCGCCAUCUGCGGUUCGCUGGCGAAGCCGGAGAUGUUCGCUGGUAUCGGUCAGAGGCUUGGCCACAAGAAGGCUGUGGUGCGCCUGAACCUGUUGCGUCUCGUGCGAAACAUUAUGGACACCUGCGAGAUGGAUGCAAUGGGGACAGGCAAUGGCAGCAGCAGCCUCAACAGCAGACAAGUGCAGUCUCUGGUGGGUGCCAUUCAGACCUUGGCAGACAAGGACUCGGCUGUCUUGGUUCGCAACCUGGCUUCAGAGCUGGUCCGGUCGCACGUCGAAGGCGAUACGUACGAGGGCAUACCUCCCGAACGUAAAGGCUCCGCAGGGUCGAUAGCUUCGCGCCGCUCCGGAUCUGGUCUCAGGCGGACCUCUUCCUACACGCCCCCUGGCCUCCACUCUGCCGUCUCGAUGCCCCCGACACCGACAUCAUCGAGCCAUUCCCGCCACCGAACGUCCCACCAUCCCUCCCUGUCCGGCAACGCUUAUAUUGAAGUUGCUGCAAGCCCACGUCGGACCCCGGUGACAGGAACACAGGAGCGCGAGUCAAUUCUCUACCGGCCCCGCAGCCGGGACGGUGCAACUGCGAUACCCCGACGAGUUAGUGGCGAUAUGUCAUCAGGUACACCCACCGGCUCAGGCUCGAAGAGCCGUCUACCCCGGACGUCAACGAGCUUUACGCGACCCAACAGCCUCUCAGCGCAAUCGCUAGUGGUACGAUCAGACAGCAACAACUCGAAUAAGGAAAACUAUAGUAGAAACGCCUCGGCGGUGUCAGCGCCUGCUUCGACACCGGCACCCGCGUCCAGCAGCUCAGCUGGCAAGAGGCGCAACAGGGCUCCCAGCUCUGACAUGAAAUGGUCUUCAUAA